AGACCAGUUUCCCAGUUCCGGGAGGAGAGUAAGGGCAUUGUAGUGCUGGCAGUGUGGACAUUGUAAGUGCUGGCAGUGUGGGCACGGUGUCUUGUAGUGGCUUCAUAAUGGGGAGCCUGACACCAGCAUUACCGCGGGAGAGUUAAAGGGAAGACGCUGUAUUCUGGCAGAAACAGGACUGGAGGUAACACUGACACAGAUUGGAGGAGGAGGCAAUGCUGGGACCCGUGUCUCCUGUUUCUUGCACCAGACUGCGCAAUAGGUGACAUGUGGAGAGCCAACGCAGAGAGCGGUUGACUGGGAUUUUUGCUUAUGGCCAGAAUUAGCUUUUCUUGCUUGUAUCCUGUGUCCUGGCACUGCAGCCUGCCGUCUGUCACACAGUUUUCCCGGCAACGAGUGGCCCUACUGCUCAUUUUCAUCCUCAGUUGUCUUCUGCUUCUGGUGGCUUUUGCAAACCCCGGAUUGUGGAGCCCUAAAGCGUUCCAGGAUCGGCAGUUUAGGAGGUAUUUGGAUCAGAUAGAAGACUUGGAAGCUACAGAUACAAAGGACCUGAAGUUAAACUAUGGAAUUGUCAUUGAUUGUGGCAGCAGCGGCUCCCGAGUGUUCGUGUACUUCUGGCCUCCGCACAACGGGAAUCCACACGACCUCCUUGACAUUAAGCAAAUGAGGGACCGCGGCAGCAAACCCGUGGUGAAGAAAAUUAAGCCAGGUAUCUCUACUUUGGCGCUGACACCAGAAAAGGCAAAUGAGUACAUGAACCCCCUUUUAAGUUUCGCAGCGUCAUACAUUCCAAAAAGUAAGCACAAGGAGACCCCGUUAUACAUCCUGUGCACAGCUGGCAUGAGGGUCCUGCCCGAAAGCCAGCAGGCUGCCAUCCUCCAGGACCUCAUCAAGGACAUUCCCCAGGAAUUUGACUUCCUGUUCUCUGAGGCUCAUGCCGAGGUUAUCUCAGGAAAACAAGAAGGUGUUUACGCCUGGAUCAGUAUUAAUUCUGUUCUUGGACGAUUCGACCAUGUUGUGGAUGAGGAAGACAAUGUGGUUGCAGUGACGCUAGGUGCUCAGGAGGAGGCCAUUAUCCGCAAGCGAACAGUUGGCAUUAUCGAUAUGGGUGGUGGCUCCCUUCAGAUCGCCUACGAGGUUCCGAAAACGAUGACAUUCCCCUCUGCAGAGCAUGAGGAAGUGGCAAAGACCUUGCUGGCAGAGUUCAACUUGGGAUGUGACCUCCAGCACACGGAGCACGUGUACAGGGUUUACGUCACAACUUUCAUGGGCUUCGGGGGAAACUUUGCUCGGCAACGCUACGAAGACAUGGUGUUCAAUGAGACGAUCACCAAAAACAGAGCAUUGGGAGAAAAGAUGGGAGUGAGCCCCAGCACUCCAUACUUGGACCCUUGUCUGCCGGUUGGCCACAAAGACAAGAUUCAGCGAAUAGCCCAGGACUUCCACAUCCUGGGGAAAGGGAACUGGGACAGCUGCAGGCAGCUGCUGGAACCGCUCUUGUCCAAAUCUAACGACUCUCAGGCCUAUCUGAACGGGGUGUACCAGCCAGUAAUUGAUUUUUCUAACAGCGAGUUUUACGGAUUUUCUGAGUUUUAUUACUGCACAGAGGAUGUGCUUCGUAUGGGCGGGUUAUACGACAGUCACAAGUUCUCCAAAGCUGCCAAGGAUUACUGUAGCAUGCCUUGGACGUCAUUAACUGAGCGCUUUAAGAACGGUCUCUAUUCUGCCCAUGCCGAUCAACAUCGGUUAAAGUAUCAGUGUUUUAAGUCGGCAUGGGUGCAUAAAGUGCUUCAUGACGGCUUCUACUUCCCGCACAACUACCCAACUCUCAAAACUGCCCAGCUGGUAUAUGACAAGGAGGUCCAAUGGACGCUCGGAGCAAUGCUUUACAAGACCCGCUUUCUGCCUCUCAGGGAUAUCCGCCAGGAGAACGCGCGUCCGGCCCACGUUAGCUGGUACAGGUUCUCGUUCGUCUAUAACCACUAUCUGUUCUUCGUCUGUAUCCUGGUGGUGCUGCUGUCCAUUGUGCUGUACAUUCUCAGGCUGAGGCGCAUACACAGAAGACAGGCCCGCGCCUCGGCCCUGGACCUGUUACUGCUGGAGGAGGGUGUGCAUGUGAUAACAGAUCCUGGGAUCCCCAGAUAACAGCGUCUCCUUUAGCAUUGGUCCAUCACUUAUUGUUGGAUUCGUCAGGUGCAUAUCUUUCAAAAAAUGUAAAAAAAUUGCUGGUUUGUAUUGUCAAAAUCCUUUCUUUGGACAUUCCUGUUUAAUUAAUGAUGUCAGGCAGUUGGCCAAAAUCCCUAAUUGUUGUUCGGCUUCCAGAAAUGGGAGUAUAUGCUUACCACAAGUAUGUACUAGUCAACUGUACCCUGUGGAGGAAGCCAUUUUGAAAACUGGUCCAACGUUCAACCUAUCCAGUUUCGAACAUUGAGUGAAGUGACUGAGGCAUAAUCCACAAAGCACCUCCUGAGUGUUUGUCAUUACUGAAUUAAUAGUCUGCCUCCUCAAAUGUUGGUACAACCCACAAAAUGGCUGCCUCCUCAUGAAUAUAGGUACAGCUUACAAAAUGGCUGCCUCCUCAUGAAUAAAAGGUUCAGCUGACAAUAUUGCUGCCACCUUAUGAACUGUAUAAAAUGACCGUUCUAAUUUAUUUGCUCUUAUUUCUGCCUAGAGGCAGUAAUUCACAUAUAUAGGGCUCUUUUUUUUUAGAGCUAAAAUGUUUCUCUGCAUUUCAUUUAUUGUCACAUUUAUUUAGCUUAAGAACAUAUUAACUUAUGGCAGAAUCCCGUAUCUCGCGACAUUUAGACAUGCAGAAUCGGACAAAAGAAGACCUGCCCCGAUCCUCCCCAAAAUACACAUUUCCAAAUAAGCUCUGUCCCUUGCCAGCUCCACGCUCAAGACUGUCCUGCAAAACUCAGGACAGCUGGGAGGUAUGGAAGCCCUAUAGCCGGUUAUUAUGUCACAAUGAUUGUGGAACCGGUGCCGACGCACCAACACUUCAGAGAAUUGGAUUUGUGCAUUGUUUUCACCGGGUUUAUUUUUGUUUUGUUUGUUUUUUGUGAAAACUCGUGUUCGUGUUAAAGCAAUGUGAAUUGAAUGUAGUCAUUUAUUUUUUUUAUCUCAAAUUGAUAAGCUUGGCUGCUUCAAUAAACACAGUGACCUCUGUACCUAUGACAUAAGAUGCCAGUGGUUCUCAAACUCUGUCCUCAGGACCCCACACAGGUCACGUUUUUCAUAUCACCCCUCAGGAACACUGUAUCACCAACUGUCACAUUUUAAGCAUCCACAGGUGACCUGGGAAACAUGAACUGUGUGGGGUCCUGAGGAUAGAGUUUGAGAACCUGUGUUCUAAUGCAAUUAGCUGAGCUUUACAAAUCAGAUCAGGGUUUUGUCUUCUUAAAGAGACCUGUCCUAUGUGAGAUUCUGAAAAGCCAGGAAUUUUCUACCUGACUGGAACUAUAAAACAUAGGGCGUUGUUUUGUGAUUGUCCGCUCAGGUGUCUCUACUGUUUUGUAUCAUAAUGCACACCCUGCAUAUGUUAGUGACAUAACACAAAGGAAGCCAUUUUUUACAGACAUAACCAAUAAUUGAGAGUAGUGUCUACAGCACAUCACUGAGUAACACAUCAACCCUCUGUAUUGUUGAUAUGGACCUGAUCCUCAUGAUCAUUAUUUCAGCCCUUGAAACAGCUGCUUCAUGUCUGCAAGCAAUUGGACACUUUAGUUAUGGAACGGAGGUCAUUAGUUUUCUGAAGCUGCUGUUAUACCACUGUCCUCUAGGGGGCAGUGUUACGUGUUGGUGCUUGUAGUGUCACUCGUCUGCUUCUGCGCACGCAUCCAGAAGAGGUGCUAACAUUUACUUUUAGUCUUCACUGUUUUGUUAUGUCUACUGUACACAAACCAACAUUUCACUCCAUGUUUAGUGUGGUUUCUCUAGCUAUGUUUGAGCAUUGCCACUCCGGAAAAUGCUAAUCAAAUGGACUUUCACCCCCACCUCCCGUGAAUAAAUCCAUCUCCAAUUAUACAUUUCAGAUUCAGUUAAAUCUACAAAGAAAAGCUAAUGCUGACUUAUAGUGAACAAUCGUUUCAGACAUGCCAGCUCACACAAUCCUCUGAACCAAUCAUCCUCUGUGUCCUCUCACACACGUUUGAAGGAACGCAUGUGAUUAGGAGCCAGUGAUGUGUUCAUUCUUCCAGGGAGCAGCUAAUCCUGUUUAGACUGGGCCGUGUACUCUUACAAUAAGCAUACGGCUUGUCGGGUCAAUGUUUCUGUAAUACCUGCGUUACCUGUACACACCUCACAUUCCAGCUGUGGCAUGGUUAAUGCUGUGAAAGGGAAUACUAUUUGUUCUCCACCAGUUUCAUUUUAUAUGACGCAUCAGCCUGUGCUAUCUAUGACUGUUUCUCAGUAAAGUGACAUUCUGAUUAA